ACACACAUCACAUCCCCCUCUCCACUCCUCCUCCUCCUCCUCUGACAUCAUCAUCCGCUCCUUUCUCUCUCAUCGCCCACAGCCGCUGCCAUCCCCAUCUAUACCACCCCACUCACUGUCGUUAUCCUGUCCAUAACGAAAUAUUCAUUCCCGUACAUAUCGCCGCAUCGCACCGCACGCUACACAACUGUUCAAUUGCAAAGCAACAGCCCACUUUCCUCCUUCGCACGUAACAACUUUCAGUGCCUAGUGCUUGUUGAAUGUCCUCCCCCUCCUCAAAUGGGGCUCCGCCUCCCCAUUCAUCACCCCCCUUUCCUUCUUCCACUUCCGACCCAUCAUCACGCCGUCCCAACACUCCACCCAGAACCAAUCAAGAUACAACUCAGGCCCAAACCGGACACGAAACCAACUCAUCCUCACCUUCAAACCAAGACAACGCCAACGAAGCCGACGACCAACCAUGUCAAGCCUGUGGGGCCUUCCCAGCUCGAUUUCAGUGUUCGGCUUGUCAAUCCGUCCGGUACUGCUCUCAAGAAUGUCAGGCGGAAGACUGGAGGAUACAUUAUCGAGAGUGCCAAGAGGUCCUUGGAGUCAGAAAACAAGAGGGGCAAGAGCGGGGUACGGCAGAUGACGCUGCUGUUGGUCAUGGAAGUAGUGCCAGGGCUGGACCCGCCGCUGCUACUAUUGGCGCAGCCACAGGCGAAAGAGGGAACAUGGAUAUCGAGCAAGGCGGUCGCACACGGUCGACUCAACCACGAUCCGCCAACAACGCAGACGAUUCAUUAGGAGGCGAGGCAGAGAAUGUCAGGGCGGUUGCGAAUCAACCUCGCAGACGACCACGGGAACCCCGGACACGACCACGCCUGACCCCUGAGCAACGCGCCGCCUACGAAGAAGCAGAACGGAUAGCGGACAUGAAGUUCUACAUGCUUCAGAUUUAUAAAAUCAUCAAACCCGUCGUCAUCUGUAUCUGUCUCAGUAUUCUCUGGGUUAAAAUUUCCAUGGCCGGAAGCGACUACCGGCCGACGCAGUCGUCGUACACGGUGUACAUGGAAUCGUCAACGUCGACAGUAUCGCAAAAUAUUCUGGGAUCGCUUGCAAACGCAGGAAUUAUUAUUGCCCAGAUUGUUAUUGUCACCAUCAUCAUCGUCGUUCUCUUCAAGCGUGGCCAUAUCAAGGUCCUGAUUGGAUUCUUCAUGAUAGUGGUGGCGAUGCUGCUGGGGUUCAUGGGCUACAUCCUCAUCCUAAACCUGAUUCAAGUCCUCCGGAUCCCACUCGACUACCUCACCAUGUCCUUCGCCCUCUGGAAUUUUGCCGUCACGGGCCUAAUUUCCGUCUUCUGGAAGGGUCCCAUGUGGUUGCAACAGGUCUAUUUGACGGUUAUGUCCUCUCUCAUGGCCUUCUCGCUCACAGGACUCGCGGAAUGGACGACAUGGAUGUUAUUAGCUCUUCUCGUCGUUUGGGAUCUAAUCGCAGUGCUUUGUCCGUUUGGUCCGCUCAAGAUCUUGGUUGAGAGUUCGAGAACUCAGAACCAGGAUGUGCCGGCGUUGCUUUAUACAGUGAACGCGGUUUGGUUCAUGGCUUCACCACCGGAUUCAAGGAUGAAGAAGGAGCAGGAAACCGAAGGCGAAGACGAGGACAAUGCUGAAACUCUGGUAGUAGAUGGCAGCAGUAGCCGAGAUGCUAAUAAUAGCAGGCAUUCGAGGGCGACGGGGAGGGACGGCGGAGCGAGCAUUAGUAGUAGUCGGAACAGUGGGCUGGAUGCUUCUUCGACGAUGGCGCUGGUCUCGCAGCCACCGACGACGACGAACAGAUCUGCAGAUGAAAGGGAUCAUAUCGAGUUAAGGGAACGGACACGACCGGUUAGUCCCCGAGUGGCAGGCGGCCCCGCUGCGAAUGGGGCAGCAGCACGGUCUGCGUCGACGAGACAGGCGCAGAUAUCUAGUCAAGGAAGGCCUUCACGCGAGCAGAUGGAAUCAGGACACCACCAUGAAGACGACGAUGACGAUGACGAUGAUGGUGGGGGAUUGAAGUUGGGACUGGGUGACUUUGUCUUCUAUAGCGUGCUCAUUGCUCGCGCAGCCAUGUUCGACUGGGUGACGACCAUGUGUUGCAUGGUCGCAGUUCUCACGGGCAUGAACGCGACGAUCUUUUUGCUGGCGAUCUACCAAAAGGCUCUACCGGCACUCCCAAUCUCGAUCUGCUUCGGCAUGCUCUUCUACUUUGCCACACGCUUCGCAUUGGUCCCCUUCCUGGCAGUCCUCGGACCCAGCCAGGUGUUUAUUUAAAAAUCGCACACAAACAAAAAAAAAGAAAAAGAAAGAAACGCGCGCUGGAAAGCGUGUUCGUCGAGCACUUAAAAAAGUGCAGAUAUAAAAAAACGUAGACCC